AUGGGGCGUACAGAUACAUUUGAAGGAAGAUUAGAACGAAGACAACAUUCACUUGCUGAUAAAAUUCGAUUAAAUAGAUGUCCUUUUAUUAGAGCAUGUCUAGCAGAAUUUUGUGGCACUGCAAUUUUAUUGAUCUUUGGUUCUGGUGUAUUAGCUCAAACAAUUUUGGGCGAUCAUGGAAAACAAGCUCAUGGUGGAUUUUUGUCAGUUAGUUUGGGAUGGGGAUUUGCUGUUUAUAUGGGUGUUAUUUUUUCUGGUUGUGGAGGUUCUGGACAUACUAAUCCAGCUGUUACAUUAGCAUUUUCAAUCAUUGGAAAAUUCCCGCUCAGACGUGUACCAUUUUAUACUAUUAGUCAAAUUUUAGGAGCUUUUGUUGGCUCUCUUGCUAUAUACGGUGUUUAUUAUGAGAAGAUUCAUGAAUAUGCUUUAACUCGUGAUAAUGGAAGUCUUAUAGUAAAGACAACAGGUGGUAUAUUUGUAACAAAUCCUGGAGCAUCUCAUUUAACGUGUUUCCUUGAUCAAGUUCUUGGUACUGCAUUGUUAGCAGCAGGAGCUCUAGCUAUUACUGAUCGUAAUGGAUGGAAACUUCCAGAUUACUUACACCCGCUACAUCUGGCAUUUUUAGUUUACGCUUUGGUUGGUUGUUUUGCAUUGAAUGCUGGAGCUGCAUUAAAUCCAGCCCGUGAUUUAGGACCUCGAUUAAUGAUACUGAUGUGUGGUUGGGGUGGUUCAGCAUUUACUUCAGGGAAUUAUUUCUUUUGGAUACCUAUAUUGGGUCCAUAUAUUGGUGCAGUGAUAGGGGCAAUUCUUUAUGAAUUAACAAUUGGUAUACAUCUUGAUCGUAAAUCAAUAUCAUCUUCACCAGCGCAAACAACUACACCAUCUGGAGAGCAAAGAUUUGAUCUUGAUUCACCUGGAAAAUCUGGUUCACAUUUACUCACUCGGGGAUUAUGAAAUUUCUGCAAGAAAAUAAUCAAUACUGUACUACAUUGUAAUUGACAUAUUUCUCCUUGAUUCUAUCUAUUUGAUAUCAAUCUAUUUCUGAUUGAAAUUGAUGUUCUUAUUAUAUAUUUGUGUAUGUGUACCAUCGAUUGUUUACACUUUUUGUGUGUGUGUGUGUGUGUUGAUAUACCCUCUCCACUCCAUCAACCCCUGUUUAAGUCUGUUUGAAGUGCUUAUCACCUGCCAAUCCUUAUUUUUUAUUACAGAAAAGCUUUCCCCUAUGAAUACUAUUCAACUUUAUGUAUACAAUUCUUUUCUUGUGGAAGUUGAAUGAAGAAAUCAUUUUUAUCUUCGCAUUCAUCCUAUUUCAUCUUUAAUCUAGUUUACAAAAACCUGCCUUAUCCAUUCAUCCAUACUUACUUACUUACUUACUUACUAACGCCUGUUACUCCCAAUGGAGUAUAGGCCGCCGACCAGCUUUCUCCAACCUACUCUAUCCUGGGCCUCCUUUUCUAGUUCUAUGCAUUUUUUUUGUUCAUUCUUCACUUAUCCAUCCAUAUUUCGCCCUAUUUGUUUGAUAUCCAUUUAGCAAAUGUGAUAGUUUAUUUUCUAGAACACUAUUUAAAUCAUCCUUCUUGAUGUAUUCGAAAUGAAUGUAUUCAUGAAUUUUUAUUCCCAAGAUACAUCACAAUUAUAGUUUACUUAAUUUGUUUCUAGAGAGAUAAUGAAUUCGGCAUCCUAUACAUAUAUAGUUUCUAUGUUUAACAAAAUAAUGAAUGGUAAAUGGAAAGAAGGAAUCUUCACAUGGAUACUUAUUAUAUCAUUAACAUCACUUGAUAUACAUAUAUUUGUCUUUUCAAUCAUAGUAAUAAUAAUAAUAAUCAUAAUGAUAUGAAUGAUCUAUUGUAUGGGAACAUACAUUACUAAUUAAGUUUCGCUUUAUCCAUCCCUCUCUUUUGUUUUGUUUUUUUUAGUUGAAAUUAGAAAACAAGUUCAUAUAUGAUAGUGUUUACAUAUAGUAUUCUCCUAAUAAAGUAAUAGUUUUUGUUUUGUGUGACUUUGGUUACCUUGUUCAUGCUGUUCAAUAAAUUAUUGAUUUUUUCCUUGUUGUUAACUGACAUAAAGAUAACAAUUGUGUUAUUUAGAAGGGGGUUUGUGGAGAUUUCAGUAUUUUACAAAGUUGAAAUUGUGUUAUUGAUAGAUAUUUGUUUUUUUUUUUGAAAGGGGUAGGGAGGUGGUUAGGAGGGAGUGUUUUUUGUAGUAAACUAUGAAAAUGAGUGAACUGAUAAAAAACUGGAUAGUGAUAGUGUCAAUUCUAGAAUAGUUUUGUGUAUGAAGAAAAGUACUAGUUUAAGCGUUUGUAAAGAUUUGUAAGCAAAGAUGGAUAGUAGUUAGCAGUGGAAUCCAGUUUGACG